AUGAACGUUUCCGAGCCUCAGUCUGUAGCGGAGGUCGAAGCAUCAAUCAAGUCGGCUCGUACCUCCAUGACUGAUGAAGAAUCCAUGCGCAAGCGACAAACGGAAGAAUGGUUUGGUGAAGCCUACGAAAGCAUCAAGCCCCCUCUCCCGAGAUUUAUGGGGUACCUGAUUCCCUGA